AUGGUAAUAACUGAAGCAAUAUUGGAAGUAGCAAAGUUUGGCGCUUUUGGUAAGAUGGCUUCUGGACCUCUGGAAUUGGAAACUUCAAUUCGUUCUAGCACAAAAGAAUCAGAGCCGUCUAUAGAAGAAGACUAUAUACCUCCACAGUCUGAUUUCCAAAUGUCAAAAAUGGUUAAUGUUUCACCAAUUGGAUCGAUUGGAAGUUAUCCCCCGGGUUACUUUACUUAUGCAAAAGCUGAAGAUAUUAUGUAUCAUUCAAAUCAAUGUUACAAGUUAGAAUUAGAAAUACUUUAUUGCAUCAAAGUAGAGUCAUUAAAAAAUGUGGCAAAAAUUUUACUGAAAAAAGCAAAAACUUCACUAAUGGAAACCCCCAGGAGUAAUUUAGAAAAUUCAAUUGCACUCUACAAUAAAAUUAAUAUGAAUCAUACUAAUGUUCAAAUGACUGGUUUGUGGUUAAAACUAGUUGCUAUACCUCAAUAAAUUUAAUAUAUAUUUCAGCACUUUUUUAUUAUUUAUGUAACUGAUAACUGAUAACUGUAAUUGUGUUUAUAGUCAGUAAAUAAAUAUUAUUUUCAAUUAAAUUUUUAACUCUUAUGAAACUUUCUAUUAAACUAAUAAUUUUUUUUUAUAAAUGGAUAUGUAUAAAUAUUGUAUUCAAUAUCAGUUGUAUUAUCUUGGUCUUAAAAUAAAGAUAUCGUAUUAUAACCUUUUUCGUAAAUAAUAAUUAUAUAUUAUACAU